ACAGCAGCAGCACCAACAGCAACAGCAACAACAACAACAGCCAUACCAACAACUGCAGCAGCAACAGCAGCACCUAUCGACUGUCGGUGUGACACAAUCUCCGGUGGAGGAGACGUCUGGUCCACAUCCUGCUGCGUUGUCCAUCGGGGAGGGAGGAGACAGCCGCUCGGCACCUCCGGUCGUGCCCAUGGGGAGAGGGGGGGGCAAGGCAGAGGUGGGAGAGCUCCGGACGCCCCACUCUGUGUCCCAGGCUCAAGCUAUGGCUGCUGCGUACGUGACCCAGGAGUCUCAGAGUGACCCGUCCACCGGUCAGUUAGGCCCUCAUGAGCUGGUGUCCAGCUGGCUCGAUCAAGCAGAAAACACUGACGCUGACACGAGCCAGGUGGAAGAUUUCAGCGUGAUGAGCCAGGAGGAACUGCAGAAGAAGAAAAAACGUCUAGAAAAGAAACUGGCUCAAGUGCGAAAGUUAGAGAGUCGGGUCUCGCGUGGGGACCCGUUGUCUCAGGAGGAGGAGUCAAAAUUACAGAGGAAAAGUGACUUAGUGGAUGAGGUCAACAAGGUGACAGCAGCUCUGUUGUGACGACCUGACACUUAUGUAGUUGUUGCGGGCGGUGGUGAGGUACUCGCGGUCACUCGGGACUGCCAUGUGGAACAACACGGCGGGUCAGAGAACUGUUUUAGUGCACAUGUAAUGGACACCAAAUGUCUUUCAGCCAAUCAAAGUGAGGCUUAUGUCUGUCUGAUAAGAGCUUGUAAAUUUGCAAUAUUAGGGGUGGGGUAAUUUUAGCGCUGAUUUUGGUAAAGUUUUGGUUUUAAGGUGCAUAGAAUGCUCUUUUCUCUCAGGUACAAUGUGUCUGCAGUAAUGCCAACUUUGAUGUAUCCAGUCGGAACUUUUGAUUUUUAAAAUGUUGAUUGUAGAUUUACGGUGUUUCGGGAGUUACAGUUUCCCUUGAAAGUGAAGCAAAUUUCUAAGAGGCAAACUUGAUCCAUGAUCCAGCUGAGGAAUCUUCUUGGAAUUUUCUUAAUUAGAGGAGCAGCAAACAAGAAAAGCAGGUCUCAAAGUCUGCUUCGAAAUACAUAUGUUUUAAAGUGAAAUGGAAGAGUAGAUAAAAAAAGGUAAUUGUACUUAUACAAGGACGUCAUCAUGUAUAUAAUAAUUGUAAAUGCAUCAGCUAGGGAUAUUUUAGCAAUAAAGAUAUGAAAGAUCACUUCCCCCCCCCCCCCCCCCCCCCCUCCCUACUUCUCUGGAAGAGCGAUAGGGAGAUUCAUAUGAGAAUAAGAGUUUGUAAUUUUAAAACAUGGAAAAGUUUUAUUUUGUUUUUAUUAUUAACUUUUAGGGGGUCCUUUAAGAAUGCCCCAAAAUAUAACAUCCUCUGAACAAUUAUGUAUUCUGCAGUGUAAAAAAAAAUGUUCAUGAUUCACAAAAUAAAAGUUCAAAUUCAAGAGAAAAACAUUGAUGCAAUAUUGCUAUUUGAUUUGAUAAGAUAAGACAAUACUUUAUUGUCCAGGAGGGAAAUUUUUCUUGGCUGUACAGGACUGUAAAUACACAUGCAGGUAUGCAUAAAAAUAAAAAAAUAUAUUACUU